AUGCUGCUUACCGCGCCGCGCGUGUGUACCACGUGGUGGAAGGCUUGCAAGGAUCCCGCCUUGUGGCGAGUCAUCGAUUUCUCCGACCCUAAUCAAAGGAAAUCGACCCUCAAGUACAUUGCCAUGUGCCGCCACGCAGUGGAUCGUAGCCAGGGACAGUUGCUCGACCUCACCAUUCAGUAUUUCGGCGACGACGCACUCAUCAACUACGUCGUUGAUCGAAUGGCGGCAAAGCUUGGCCAUUUGGAAGAAUUGCACCUUACGCUUAGACCAUGCAUUGGUACUGCCGACAUUGAAGCUAUUGGCCAUUCUUGCCCAAAGUUGAAAUCAUUCUCAUGCAAUGGACUGAAGUACAAGUUUCCGACAUUGUUAAAUGGUGAUUAUUUACCCGUAUAUCUGUAUGCUUUUGCAAUCAGUAAAAGCAUGCCUAAUUUGGAGCAUCUUCAACUCUUUGCACAUUGGAUCGGAAAUGAAGGAGUUGAAUUGAUCCUUGGCGGCUGUCCGCGCCUCGAAUCUCUUGACAAUAAGGAAAUGUUUUGA